UUGAGGUUAAGGCGAAGCGGCAACGUUCCAGUUCUAUUUUUUGCAUUUGGCUGCUGAUGAAAUACAAAGCCUAAAAUAUAUACAAAAAAUGCUAGCCCGCUGCGCCCUGCGGACAUGGUGCACAUCGAGAUCGAGCAGGCUGUGGUCACAGCAGGCCCGCGCUUUCCACGUGAGCCCCUGCCAAUGGGAACCCAGCAAGCAGACCAAACUUGAGCUGAAACGCCGCCUGAAGGCCGAGCAAAAGGCCAAGGAGAAGGCCGAAAAGGCAGCCGCUGCUGCUCCGGCGGAGGGAGCACCCAAAAAGAAGGCCGAGAAGGAGGAGGAGGAGAUCUCGCCCAACGAGUACUUCAAACUCAGAUCCGCUGCUGUCCAGGAGCUGAAGCGUUCGCCCAGCACCGAUCCCUAUCCACACAAGUUCCAUGUGAGCAGCUCGCUGGAGGACUUCAUUGCCAAGUACGAGGGCAGCUUAAAAGAGGGCGAAACGCUGGAGAAUGUCAGCCUGAGCGUGGCCGGGCGUGUCCAUGCCAUCCGCGAGUCGGGGGCCAAGCUCAUCUUCUACGAUCUGCGCGGCGAGGGCGUCAAGGUGCAGGUGAUGGCCAGCGCCAGGUCCUACAAGUCGGAGGCCGCAUUCGAGACGGACACGGCCAAGCUUCGGCGCGGCGAUAUCAUCGGCGUCGUCGGACAUCCCGGCAAGACCAAGAAGGGCGAGCUGUCCGUGAUGCCCACCGAGAUCCAGCUGCUCUCGCCGUGCCUGCACAUGCUGCCCCAUCUGCAUUUCGGGCUGAAGGACAAGGAGACGCGUUAUCGCCAGCGCUACCUGGAUCUCAUACUCAACAACAAAGUGCGCGAGAACUUCCAAAUUCGUGCCAAGAUCAUCUCGUAUGUACGCCAGUUCUUGGAUCGCCUGGGCUUCCUCGAGAUCGAGACGCCCAUGAUGAACAUGAUUGCGGGCGGGGCCACGGCCAAGCCCUUUGUGACGCAUCACAACGACCUGAAGAUGGACCUGUUCAUGCGCAUCGCUCCGGAGCUGUACCACAAGAUGCUGGUGGUGGGCGGCCUCGAUCGCGUCUACGAAAUAGGACGGCAGUUCCGCAACGAGGGCAUCGACCUCACGCACAAUCCGGAGUUUACCACGUGCGAGUUUUACAUGGCCUAUGCGGACUAUGCCGACGUGAUGGACAUCACAGAGCAAAUGGUCUCGGGCAUGGUGAAGGCCAUUCGUGGCUCCUACAAGGUCAUCUAUCACCCGGAGGGUCCGGAGGGACCGGAGCAGGAACUUGACUUUACGCCACCCUUCAAGCGAGUGUCCAUGAUCAAAACGCUGGAGGAGAAGCUGCAGGUGAAGUUCCCGGCUGCGGACACAUUCAGCACGCCCGAAACGAAUCAGUUCCUGUCGCAGCUGUGCACCAAGCACCAGGUGGAGUGCCCCGCCCCGCGCACCACUGCCCGCCUGCUGGACAAACUGGUGGGCGAGUUCAUCGAGGAGUUCUGCGUGAACCCCACGUUCAUCUGCGAGCAUCCGCAGAUCAUGUCCCCGCUGGCCAAGUACCAUCGCAGCACGCCCGGACUGACGGAGCGCUUCGAGCUGUUCGUGGCCAAGAAGGAGAUCUGCAACGCCUACACCGAGCUGAACGAUCCCGUGGUGCAGCGCGAGCGCUUCGAGCAGCAGGCCAGCGACAAGGCGGCCGGCGACGAUGAGGCCCAAAUGGUCGACGAGAACUUCUGCACGGCGUUGGAGUACGGAUUGCCGCCCACCGGUGGCUUCGGCAUGGGCAUCGAUCGUCUGGCCAUGUUCCUCACCGACUCCAAUAACAUCAAGGAGGUUCUUCUGUUCCCCGCCAUGAAACCGGAGGAGGCCAAUCGCACGGCAGCCGAAACUGCCACUGCCACUGCCACACAGCAGUAGAACUCCAAUUCACCCAACCCCCAUCCUUGUAUGUUACGCUGGUCCCGGGCUGGUAGUCCCAGUUGCUAAUUUAUUCAACGAAUAAACCUUUUCUUUUCCAAUA